AAACAGAAAAAGCUCCGACUUAAACAAAACAGCUUUUUCUCUGCAUCAGCAGUUAUUCUUUUUUGUUUUUGUUUCCAGAAGCUUAAUCCAUAUCGAAGUCAAAACUAGAAUCCAAUGGCUGACAAAGAGCAGCCACCGUCUUCGUCCAGGCAGCCGGCGCCGAGGAUCAUGCUGCCGUCGAGAGGUUCGGUUGAGAACAUGUUUAUGGGUGGGCCGGGAGUGAGCCCGGGCCCGAUGACUUUGGUUUCGAGUUUCUUGGCUGAAAAUGACCCUGAAAACGACUACCGCUCGUUUUCUCAGCUUCUCGCCGGCGCCAUGUCGGAGGCUCCCACCUCUGUGCCGAACGUUAGCAUUAGCUAUCAGCAGAAUAGGCCGGCGGGAUUAAUGUUGUCGCAGCAUCAAGGAAUGUUUACGAUUCCACCGGGGUUGAGUCCUGCUAGCUUCCUGGAUUCGCCGGGGUUUUUCCAGUCUUCGCAGGGUCCAUUGGGAAUACCACAUUUUUCAGCUCAGCUAACGGCUCAAGCUCAAUCCCAAAUGCAUAUCCACUCCGAAUAUCCAUCUUUAUCAGCACCUCCUGCUUCAUCUCUUGCUCAGCUGCAGCCUCGUCCUUCCAGUGCAUCUUUGAAACGGAAUAUGCCUCCUCCUAUGCCAGAGCAGAACAUCAUUAAGGAUUCAUCUGAGAUCUCCCACUCUGAUCAGAAAUUUCAACCUCCUAACCUAAAUGUUGAUAAACCUGCUGAUGACGGAUAUAAUUGGCGGAAGUAUGGGCAGAAGCAGGUGAAAGGCAGUGAAUACCCUCGAAGCUAUUAUAAAUGUACUAAUCAAAAUUGUCCCGUCAAGAAGAAAAUUGAACGGUCGCAUGAUGGUCAUAUAACUGAGAUCAUUUAUAAAGGCCAACACAGCCAUCCCCCACCCAAUAAGCGUGCAAAAGAUAAUCCAGAUGGUACAAUGAAUAAUCAGGGGAGCUAUGGGUUGGACUCUGAGGGCCAGACGGGAAAUCUCAACAAGUCCUAUGAUGGGAUGAAAGAUCAGGAAUCUAGCCAAGCUACACCUGAACAUAUAUCAGGGUCAAGUGACAGUGAAGAAGUGGUUGAUACUGAAACUAGAGUAAAUGGAAGAGAUGAGGAUGAAACUGACUCUAAAAGAAGGAAUAUUGAUAUCCAAUCUUCACCGCCAAACCAUCGAACUGUUACAGAGCCUAAAAUCAUUGUUCAGACGACAAGUGAAGUUGACCUUUUAGAUGAUGGUUAUAGGUGGCGAAAGUAUGGCCAGAAGGUUGUUAAAGGGAACCCUUAUCCAAGGAGCUACUACAAGUGCACAAACCCAGGGUGCAAUGUCCGAAAACAUGUGGAAAGGGCUGCCAGUGACCCAAAAGCUGUCAUAACAACAUACGAGGGAAAGCACAAUCAUGAUGUACCUGCUUCUAAGAUGAGGAUCCACAACACUGCCGAUGCUGCUUCACAAUUGAGACCACACAAUGCAGUAACUGAUGGACAAACAGCAAAUAGAAGAUUGGAAUUCGGGAACAAUGACCAGUAGCCUGUAUCACUUCUCCGUUUUAAGGAAGAACAGAUAACAUAGAUUUCUCUCAAAGUAAACAGGUAAACAAAAAGCUACCACGACGCAUGUAGGAGUACUUUUGGUGAUGAUCCACUCUGUUGUUUGCUUGAGCAAUGGUUUUGAUCUGGACAAUACUCACUUGACUAAAAUUAUACCAAAGAUAGGAACUAGAGUAUACAAAUUGCCGUUACAGUGAAAUACAAAGAGUAGGAGUGCUUGCAUAUUUCAUCAACAGGGAUAGUGUUUGUAAUGUUAUUUUUAUGUGUAUUCUUUCUGUAAAUUGUUUUCUUGGUAUUAUUGUAUUUUGGGAUACUUGUGUUUGAAAAAUAGAGAUGAAUCAAUCUUAUAAUUGAGGUCAAAGUGGUAAUUUUAGAUUUCGCAUUAUUUUCUUUAACUUUUCUCUUAAAGUUUGCUGUAAAUUAGACUCGUCGCGCUUUU